CGGUUUCACUAACGAAGAAAAUGGCGCCGAGAAAACCAAAGGUGGUUUCCGUGACAAAGAAGAAGAAAGUAGUGGAAGAGACAAUCAAAGUAACCUUCACGGAAGGAGGAGAUCCGUGUGUGACCACCGAAACAGCGAACGAUCAAGAGACCCAAGAUCUCACUUUCUCUAUUCCUGUCGGAGAAAACGUUACUACGGUUGAGAUUCCGGUGGAGGUUCGAGACGAACAGUCACCUCAGCCACCGGAAACUCCCGCUUCCAAGAGUGAAGGCACUUUGAAAAAAACAGAUAAGGUUGAGAAGAAGAAGAAGAAAAAAAAGAAGAAGAAGAGAGACGAUUUGGCAGGAGAUGAGUAUAGGAGAUAUGUGUAUAAAGUGAUGAAGCAAGUGCAUCCGGAUUUAGGGAUAACGUCGAAGGCGAUGACGGUAGUGAACAUGUUCAUGGGAGAUAUGUUCGAGAGGAUAGCGCAGGAGGCGGCGAGGUUAAACGAUUAUACGAAGCGGAGGACGUUGUCGUCGAGGGAGAUCGAAGCAGCGGUGAGGUUGGUUCUCCCUGGUGAACUUAGCCGCCACGCUGUCGCUGAAGGCUCUAAAGCUGUUAGUAACUAUGUUGGUUAUGGUAGUAGGAAACGUUAGCUAGUUAGUUUUGAUUCCCUAAUCGUUGUAACUUUUCCUUGUAAUGUUUUUCCAACUUUAAUGUUAGGGGAAGGUUUAACUUAGAGAUUAUGUUCUAUAGUUAUGUGAUUAUUUCGUUUCGUGUUCUAUGAAUGUUCUGUAGAAUAUUUCUUGUUGUCGAAAAGGAGAUGGGUACUUGAUAAUUUCAAUC